AGGUUUGAAAGGGACGUUGGCGCUGCCCUCGCCGCCUCAGCCGCUAUCUUCGCCUCAGCCUCAGCCCCAGCCUCAGCCGCUGCCAUCGCCAUGGAGCUGUCGCAGUCCCCGUCGCCUCUCCGGCCCGCGGACGAGAACAUCCGCCUGAACAAGGCCGAUGGCCCCAAGAAGCUCUCGGUGGAGCACAUCUACCAGAAGAAGACACAGCUGGAGCACAUCCUGCUCCGGCCAGACACCUACAUCGGUUCCGUGGAGCUCGUCACCCAGCAAAUGUGGGUUUAUGAUGAAGGCGUUGGCCUCAACUGCAGAGAUGUGACCUUUGUGCCUGGCUUGUACAAAAUCUUUGAUGAGAUUCUGGUCAAUGCCGCAGACAACAAGCAGAGGGAUAAAAACAUGUCGUGCAUUAAGGUCACAAUUGAUGUAGAGAAUAACACAAUCAGUGUGUGGAACAACGGGAAAGGUAUCCCAGUUGUUGAACACAAAGUGGAGAAGGUCUAUGUGCCUGCUCUGAUCUUUGGACAGCUGCUGACAUCCAGCAACUACGAUGACAAUGAGAAGAAAGUCACAGGGGGGAGAAAUGGUUAUGGAGCCAAACUGUGCAACAUAUUCAGCACAAAAUUUACUGUGGAAACUGGAUGUCGUGAAUACAAAAAGUUAUUCAAGCAGACUUGGACAGACAAUAUGGGGAAGGCUGGAGAAAUGAAGCUGAAAUACUUUGAUGGAGAUGAUUACACCUGUGUCACUUUCCAACCUGAUCUGUCCAAAUUCAAGAUGACUAUUCUGGAUAAGGACAUUGUAGCACUGAUGUCUCGAAGAGCCUAUGAUAUUGCUGGAUCCACAAAGGAUGUCAAAGUUUUCCUGAAUGGACAGAGGCUACCUGUGAAAGGAUUCCGCAGCUAUGUGGACCUCUAUCUGAAGGAUAAGGUCGAUGAAACUGGGAAUGCACUCAAAGUUAUCCAUGAGGAAGUCAAUUCCCGAUGGGAAGUGUGCUUGACUUUGAGUGAAAAAGGCUUCCAGCAAGUCAGCUUUGUUAACAGCAUUGCCACCACAAAGGGUGGCAGACAUGUCGAUUAUGUGGCUGACCAGCUCGUGACCAAACUCAUUGAUGUUGUGAAAAAGAAGAACAAAAACGGAGUUGGAGUGAAGCCUUUCCAGGUGAAGAACCACAUGUGGAUUUUUGUGAAUGCCUUAAUUGAAAACCCAACCUUUGACUCUCAAACUAAGGAGAACAUGACUCUGCAGUCAAAGAACUUUGGCUCUACCUGUAAACUGAGUGAAAAAUUCAUUAAAGGCGCAAUUGGCUGUGGCAUUGUUGAAAGUAUCCUAAAUUGGGUAAAAUUUAAAGCUCAGAACCAGCUGAAUAAGAAAUGUUCAGCUGUGAAACACUCCAAGAUUAAGGGUGUUCCUAAACUGGAUGAUGCCAACGAUGCUGGCAGCAAGAAUUCUCUAGAUUGUACACUGAUCCUGACUGAGGGAGACUCAGCCAAAACUCUGGCUGUCUCUGGUCUGGGAGUGGUUGGUAGAGACAAAUAUGGAGUAUUUCCUCUUCGUGGGAAAAUCCUCAAUGUCAGGGAAGCUUCUCAUAAGCAGAUUAUGGAAAAUGCUGAAAUCAACAACAUCAUCAAGAUUGUGGGUUUGCAAUAUAAAAAGGACUAUGAAGAUCAAGAAUCUUUAAAAACUCUUCGCUAUGGAAAGAUUAUGAUCAUGACAGAUCAGGAUCAGGAUGGAUCACACAUCAAAGGUUUGCUGAUUAACUUCAUCCAUCACAAUUGGCCAUCUCUUCUAAGACACAAUUUUUUGGAGGAAUUCAUUACACCCAUCAUAAAGGCUACUAAAAACAAAGAAGAAAUUGCAUUCUACAGCAUUCCUGAGUUUGAAGAAUGGAAAACCAGUACACAGAACUACAACUCAUGGAAAAUCAAGUACUACAAAGGUUUGGGUACCAGCACAUCAAAGGAGGCCAAAGAAUACUUUGCAGAUAUGGCAAGACACCGAAUUGGCUUCAAAUAUUCUGGGCCUGAAGAUGAUGCUGCGAUCACCCUGGCCUUUAGCAAGAAGAAGAUAGAAGAGCGAAAGGAGUGGCUGACUAAUUUCAUGGAGGAUAGAAGACAACGGAAGCUGCACGGUCUGCCAGAGGAUUAUCUGUACGGGAAGAACACUGAUUACUUGACGUACAAUGACUUCAUCAACAAGGAGUUAGUGCUGUUCUCAAACUCAGAUAAUGAGAGAUCAAUCCCAUCACUGGUUGAUGGUUUGAAGCCAGGUCAGAGGAAAGUUUUGUUCACCUGUUUCAAACGAAACGAUAAGCGGGAGGUGAAGGUUGCUCAGCUGGCUGGUUCUGUCGCUGAGAUGUCCUCAUACCAUCAUGGUGAGGCUGCACUGAUGAUGACCAUCAUUAACUUGGCUCAGAACUUUGUGGGCAGCAACAACCUCAACUUGCUCCAGCCCAUUGGUCAGUUUGGCACAAGGCUGCAUGGAGGCAAAGACUCUGCCAGCCCUCGAUACAUCUUCACCAUGCUCAGUCCCCUGGCACGUUUGGUGUUCCCACCAAUGGAUGACAACAUCCUGAAGUUCCUCUAUGAUGACAACCAGCGUGUGGAGCCAGAGUGGUACAUGCCCAUCAUUCCAAUGGUGCUGGUCAAUGGGGCUGAAGGGAUUGGUACUGGCUGGGCCUGUAAGAUCCCCAACUUUGAUAUCAGGGAAGUUGUGAACAAUAUCCGUCGGCUGAUGGAUGGAGAAGAGCCACUGCCAAUGCUUCCCAGUUACAAGAAUUUUAAAGGCACCAUAGAUGAGCUGGGGCCUAAUCAGUAUGUGAUAAGUGGUGAAGUGUCCAUCCUUGAUUCUACAACCAUUGAGAUCACUGAGCUGCCUGUCAGAACAUGGACACAGACAUACAAAGAGCAGGUUCUGGAGCCGAUGUUGAAUGGGACUGAGAAGACCCCCCCUCUAAUCACAGACUACAAAGAAUAUCACACAGACACCACGGUGAGGUUCGUGGUGAAGAUGGCUGAAGAUAAACUGGCUGAGGCUGAAGCUGUGGGGCUGCAUAAGGUCUUCAAACUCCAAACAAGUUUAACAUGCAACUCCAUGGUUCUUUUUGACCACGUGGGCUUUCUCAAGAAAUAUGACUCUCCCCAGGAUAUUCUUAAGGAGUUCUUUGAACUCCGACUCCGAUAUUACAAUUUGAGGAAGGAAUGGCUUAUUGGGAUGCUGGGUGCUGAGUCUGCAAAGCUGAGCAACCAGGCUCGCUUCAUCCUGGAGAAAAUAGAUGGCAAAAUUGUGAUUGAAAACAAACCAAAGAAAGAGCUGAUUCAAGUUCUUAUCCAGAGAGGGUAUGAGUCUGAUCCGGUGAAGGCUUGGAAGGAGGCUCAAAACAAGGAUGAAGAGGAGGAGGAGGAGGAACAAGACAAUGACAAAGAACCAGCUGCAGCCUCUGGCCCAGACUUCAACUACCUGCUGAACAUGCCCCUGUGGUAUCUGACCAAGGAGAAGAAAGAUGAGCUCUGCAAGCAGAGGGAUAACAAAGAAAAGGAGCUGGAAAACCUUAAGUGCAAGAGUGCCUCUGACCUGUGGAAGGAAGACCUUGCUGCCUUCAUUGAAGAACUCGAUGUAGUGGAGGCCAAGCAAGCACAGGAUGAGAGUGCAGGGAUUGUUGGCAAACCUUUGAAGGUGAAAGGAGGAAAAGCAAAGGUGAAGAAAACCCAGCUGGCAGAAGUAAUGCCAUCCCCUCACGGCAUCAGGGUUGUUCCUCGGAUCACUCCUGAGAUGAAGGCAGAGGCAGAGAAGAAAACUAAAAAGAAAGUAAAGAGUGAAAAAACUGAAUUUGAUGAGAAUCAGGAUGAAAACACAUCUGGAGAGAAGGAAUCUGCAGGCCUGAAGCAGAGAUUAGUGAAGAAGGUGAAGACUGAGCAAGGAGCUAAGAGACAGGCCACUCUGCCCUUCAAGCCAUUGAAGAAAACCAAGAAACGAAACCCUUGGUCUGACUCAGGCUCUGAUUCAGAAGAGUCUGAUUUUGAACCACUUCCUCAAAGAGAGAGAGUGGUUCGCCAGGCAGCAGCCAAAGUCAAGCCCAUGGUCAUUUUGGACUCAAAUCCCUCCAGCUCAGAUGAGGAGUCUGAAUUCCAGGGUGACAGUGAAGGCAACUCUGAAUCUGACACAAACUCUAAGAAAAAGGCUCCUCCCAAGCCCAAACCUGCUCCCAAGGAAACCACUGAAAAAGCAGCAAAAGCUCCCAAGCAAAAGGCAGUGCCAAGUGCUGUCCCUGCCCAAGAUGUCCCUGAGGACAAGGUGAGCCAGGAUCCCCCAGCUCCAUCCGUCCCGGUGCCGAGCACCAAGGCCGUGCCCAAAAAACCUGCUGCAGCCAAGAAGGCUGGAGCCACCAAGGACAACCAGCCCUCCAUCGUGGAUAUCCUGGCCAAGAAAAAGGCUGCGCCCAGAGCCAAGCCAGCGGCCAAGGAGGGACCCCAGAGCGCCGAGGGUGACAACGCCAAGGGGAGGAAGGUUAUGAAGAGGCAGCCAAGUUGUUUGGAUUCGGAUUCUGAUUCGGAUUUUGGCUCCAAGCCUUCCAAAUCUGUUGCAUCAAAGAAAUCCAAGCUACAGGACAACACCUUCACCGCUGACUCUGGUGACAAAAGCCCUGUACCUCAGCCCCGUGCCAGGCCUGGCCGCCUCAAGAAACCUGUCCAGUACCUGGAGGAGUCCUCUGAGGACGAUAUAUUUUAAGUUUUUAGGAAAAUUUUAAACUCCACAGUGAGCCUUCAGCAGCACUCCAGAGAUCCCACCAAAGACCCACCUCAGCCUAGGAAAUCUUCAGCAAACCUGAGCUGCUCCUAAAAUGUUCGUGAUAGGUGAACACAGCUUGUUUUUUCUUGGGUUUAAAUAAGCUAGAUUUGUUUAAAUAGGAAUAUCCCCUUUUUGGGGAACACUGGAGCCACGUGCCCAGCAAGUGCUGCCACACUUCCCUCUUCCCCAUUAUUUGACACUUUGUGGUCCUUUUAGUGUUGAAGUUGACUUUAGAACAUGCCAAACCCUUUAAAAUUUAUACAUCCCUCUUGAAAUAUCUUAUAAUACUAAAAUACAUUAAUUUUUAAUUCCACCACCCAACACAGGUGAGCUGGAGUCACUUUUCCAGCACUAUUCCUUCUCUUUGUAAAUAUUUUCUGUGUUUUUUCUUGUUGUCCUGUGUUUGUUUGUUGAAGUAUUUUGUCUAAUAAAAAUGUUUUUUCAUAUUUUCUUUUA